AUGGAUGACAUAGAAGACAUUCCCUUAUCUCCUCCUCCUUUUGAAUAUGAACCUACUUCUUCAAUUGAAAUCAUUUCUGAAACAGAAACAGUUACAACCAACAGUUCUAACAGUUUAAAUAGAAAAAAACGAAAUACUGGUGCAUGUCAAAAACCUUAUGCAUACAGCCGAAAAGGUGGAAACACAACAAAUCUUAUUGUCCAUUUGCGUGAUAAACACAAAAUCACAAAAGAAAAUUAUUUUCAGUUUUUAGAUAAUUCUAAUCAGCCCCGACGUGAUCAAACUCAAAUUAUAGGAUAUUUAAAAGCAGCAGCUCCAUGCUCACCAAAACGACAGGAACUUAUUACACAAAAGCUUGUAACCUUUAUCAUCAAAUUCAUUCAACCACUAUAUAUUUUACAAAAUCAAUACUUUCGUGAAUUACUCCUUAUCUGUGAGCCGGGUUAUAGAAUUCCAUGUGACAAAACAGUAAAAGCAAUAAUCAAUGAUUCAUUUGUAUGCUGUAAGGAACAACUUUGUUCACUUUUAAAUAAUAAUAAUGUUAUUGCUGUUCAUUUGACUACUGAUUUAUGGACUGCAAGGUCUCGUCAUGGAUAUCUUGGUGUAACAGCCACAUGGUUAACAUCUAAUUUUGAAUUCUGUGAGGCACUUUUGUCAUGUAAUCACAUUCCAUAUCCACACUCAGGAGAGACUAUCAGUGCUGCAUUAUUUCAAAUUAUAAAUGAGUGGCAUUUAUCAAACACAGCAUUUACCAUUGCAACUGAUAAUGGUUCUAAUAUGAUAAAGGGUGUUCGACUAUUAGGUGAGAAAUACUUAUCACAAAUAAAACGGCAACCUUGUGCUGCUCACACAUUACAACUUUCAGUUCUACAAGGUCUGAAGCAGUGUAAAUCAAUACAUUGUCGAGUAAAGUGUUUACAGGCAUUUUUUCGUUUACCAAAACAAGCUCAGAGACUUCGGGAAGCCCAACAAAGCAAUCAGCAAUUACUGGAGGAAAAUGAUUAUAGUAACCCUCUUGAUGUUUUAACUGAUGUUAAAACAAGAUGGAAUUCGACAUACUAUGCAUGGAAGAGAAUAUUAGAAUUACACAAUUCAAUGCGACUCAUUUCUACCACAUUGUUGACAAAACCAGAUCGAGCAUCACAGAAAGAAGGAGAGAAAUUAGAACGACUAUGUUUAUCUCUUGAUGAAAAACAUCUUGUUAACCCUUAUAUGGAAUUGUUGAAAAAGACAUUUGCACCUAAGUCUGAAAAUGGAGAAAGUCUUGAUACACACCUUGAUCUCAUUUAUGGGCCACAAACUGAAGAUAAUAAUGACAAUGAAGAAGAAUCUGACAGUUCAACCAGUGAUGAUGAUGAAAUCCCAUCUGGUGGAACUAGAGGUGCAAUAGAUGACAUAGAUGAUAUUAAUCAUGUUGAAUAUUUACCAGCUGUUAAUACUACUGGCCUUCUUCAAAAAGUUCAAGCAGCUAUUUUUUUAUCAUUAGAUGAAUUAUGGUCAGUUCCAACAGAAUUAGUUCAAAUUGCAACAGUACUUGAUCCCCGAUUCAAAAAUUUCCAAUGGGAUAGAAGUGGUGAGGAAAGAGACAAAUCACAUCAAUUAUUACGGGAAUUAUAUGAUUUUACAAAAGUGGAUUUUGAAUCUAAUAAUAUUCAACAAACAACAACUAUUCACAAUUUACAUACAACUAAUGAAGAUGACAAUGAUGAUUUUUUUGAAACCUUGGAAAUUGAUCUAAGGUCAUUUUUUACUAGGGUUAUGGUACCAAAGAAAUUAAAUCCAACAAGACAGAAAGCUCUUAAAGCAAUCAGAUCAGGAAAUUAUGAAGAAGCUUUAGAACAUUGUGAAAAAUUAAUUCAGCUUCAUCCCAAAUCAUGUACAUAUAGGUGUGAUCGGGCUGAAGUAUUUAUAGGUCUUGGUAAGAAAUCAAGAGCAAUUGAAGAUUUGGACAGAGUUCUUAAUCUCAAACCAGAUAAAUCAAAUGCUCUGUAUUUACGCGGAUUAACACUUUAUAAGGAACAUGAUUAUAAUGAUAAAAAAGGGGCAAUAUAUGAUUUGUGUAAAGCAUUAAAAAUUGAUCCAAAUGAUCCAUUAUUGGCACUUGAAUCACAUAAAAUUUGUAUUGAAUAUUUUAAACAACGCGAAGAUGGUCAACUUGAAUUGAUUAAUCAUAUGAAUGCGGGGCUUUUACUAAAACCACAAGAUGUUUGGCUACUCAGUAAUCGUGCUUCAAUAUAUUAUCAAAGUCAAUUAUUCCCAAGAGCAAUUGAUGAUUUAAAUGUUGUUUUAUCAAUAGAACCCAAUAAUAUUGAAGCUUUACAAUUUAGAGCCAAUGUUCAUAAGAAAAUAUCUGAUUAUGAAAAAUCAUUUGAUGAUAUCAGUAAAGCUAUACAACUCUCACCUGAAACCCCUUCACUUUUAUUAAAAAGAGCAAAAUUGUUUAAAUUAAAAAAAGAAUUUGAAAAAUCAUUGAAUGAUUUAGAACAAUUAAGUAAUCUAUUAUCAAAUCCUAAAUCUACCAUUGCUGCAUCUCUAUUUAGUAAUCGUGGUCAAGUAUAUCAAGGAUUAUUUAGAUAUAAAGAGGCAUCAAAUGAUUAUACAAGAGCAUUAAAUUUGAAACCCAAAUCAUCAACAUAUAGAAGACGUGCAGAAAUUUAUCAGAUUUUACGACAAUACCAAGAUGCAUUAGAAGAUGCUAAAUCUGCAAUGAAAAUUGAUAAGGAUGAUAUUAAAGCUGCCACACUUAUCAACCAACUCUAUACACAAUUAAAUAGGCAUGAUGAGGCAUUAAAUUUAUUGGAUAAUUCAUUAAGUAAAUCUCCAAAUGAUGUUAUAAAGUUAUCUGAAAGAGGAACAGUCUAUAAAGCUUUGAAAAGGUAUGAUGAGGCAUUGAAUGAUUUGAAUAAAGCAUUAUCAAUUGAUGCAAAAAAUAUUCCCACGUAUCUUUCUAGAGCCAAAAUUUACAGAGAACAAAAAGACUAUGCUAAAUCAUUGUCAGAUAUAACAUCAGCCAUUAAACUGGAUUUGAAAAAUUCCAAACUGAUAAGAAAUCGUGGGAAAAUAUAUACAUUAAGUGAAAAAUAUGAUGAAGCAAUGCUAGAUUUAGAUAAAUCAAUCUCAACUGAGCCAAAUAAUCCUUCAGGUUAUAGAUACCGAGGCAAAGCUUUUUCAAAAAUAAACAAGUAUGAAGAAGCAAUGAAAGAUUUUGAUAAGGUGAUGAAAUUGAAACCAAAUGAUCCAAAUGCUCUACAUGAUAGAAGCGAAACAUUAUAUAAGAUGAAUAAAUUUAAUGAAGCUUUAAGUGACAUCAAUAAAUCUUUGGAAUUAGAUGAGAAUACAAAUUCAUAUGAAUUAAGAGCUUCAAUUUAUGAGAAACUUGGUGAUCAUAAGAAUGUUAUAUUGGAUUUAAGUAAAGUGUUUGAAGUAAAUCCUAAAGAUAAAGGUGUAUUGUUUCGUAGAGCAAAAAUUUAUGAGUCACAAGGACAAUAUUAUGAUGCAUUAAAUGAUUGGAGCCAAUUGGUAAAAUUAGAAUCCAAGAAUUUGGAAUAUUUGAAGGAUCGGGCUAGAUUGUUAUUGACAUUAUGUAGAUAUGAAAUCUUAAAACUUCAACCAGGAAAUCAAAUUAUCAUUUGCAAAAGGUUGGAAAUUUAUCAAUAUUUUAAUAAGACAGAUGAAGCAAUUGAAGAAUUGACAAAACUAAUUGAUAGCACAAUAGAUAAAGAAUUAUUUUGUGUUACAAGAGGAGUUCUUUAUUAUUCUAAAGGAAAUCAAGAAACAGCAUUGGAAGAUUUUGAUAAGGUAUUAGGAUUAGGAAAGGCAAAACCAAAGGAACAAAUUACAUAUACAAAAGACCAGCUUAAGGCAUUAUGUUAUCGUGGAUGUAUUAAUCACUCAUUGAUAGAUUUGAAUGUAGUGUUAGAAAAUGAACCUGAUAACAUUUUAGCAUUAUGUGAACGAAGUUCUAUUUACAGAGAUCGUAAUGAUCAUGAUGGAGCUUGGAAAGAUUUAAAAACCGUUUUAAACAAUGAACUUAAUUCCUCUAAUUCUACUUAUCAACAUCGUUAUUGUCACAAUUCUACUCAAUUAACAACUAUUAGUAAAGUUUAUUUAGUAAUAUCUCUUCUUUCCACUUUACAAACUCAAUUACUCCAAUCUUCUUUAAUCAUGUUACCGUUAGUUGGUAUAUUUGGUCAAAAUCAACAACAAUCCCAAAAAUCAGAUUCUGUAACAACACAAGCAGUUCCAAUACAGCAACAACAACUAACUCAUAAUAAUAAACAUAUUCAACCUAGGGCUCAGCAAAAACAAUCCACAAAUUUUAAUUCAACUUACAAUCCUAUUCGUAGAAAAAAACCAUCAAACAGAAUGAAUAGAAAGAAAAUCGAUCAAGCUAUUGCCUUUUCUGCUUUUGCUGUCGAAGAAGAUCAUCAAGGAAAUCAUGAAUGUGCACUAGAUCUUUAUCUCACUGCUUUAGAGAAUAUAAAAGAUGCAUUAAAAACUAAAUUACGAGACUUUAUUGAUCGUGCCGGAUUAUCUGAAGAGAUGAUCAGUGAGUCAUCAGAUUCAAAGAAUCCAAAUCUUUAUCAAAAUAAUUAUCAUAAAUCUUGCUGCGUUGAUUCUGACUCUUUUAAUAAAUAUCACUCAUCAAAUUGUAAUAACAACAACAUCAACAAUGAUGAUCAUCACAGUAACGACAUCAAUAAUGCUGGAAUAUCAGAUCAUAUAAUCCAAGCUGCUAUUACUGGCGCAGUUGCUUUAAAACAAUCACCAAUACCUGAUGCCAUCACUGCUACUGUAAAUUAUACAAUGAAAAAAAUCAAAAAUAUCGAUGAAACUUAUGGCUUACAGGAUAAAGCUUGGGAAAUUUCAAGAUCUGGUAUAAAUUUGGCUUUUGAGAUUGAUCAACAAUAUAAUGUUCAUGAAAAAGUUGGUAACGUUCUAUUCACUGAAUCUGUAAUACAAAAAUUAUUCACAUAA